AUGGCAGUGUAUAUCAAGUAUAAAAGUUGUAAGGAUUAUGAUUCGAUACCAAUUCUUGAUCAUUUUAUUUCUGUGGGCAAUCUGAAAUCAAAGAUAUUUGAAUCCAAGCGUUAUGGUUGGGGUAAAGAUUUCGACAUUCUUCUCACCAACCUACAAACUAACGAAGAUUAUGUUGAUCAUGCCACCUUGAUUCCAAGAAGUACAAGUGUUUUGAUUCGUCGCGUUGCUGGAUUACCUUGCUUCCCCAUUGUAAUCAAAGAGGAGCCCAAGCAAGUGCUGUGUAAACAGGAGGAGGUUCAUUCAGUUAAAAAAGAGUCCAAAUAUUCUCAAGAUAUUGAUUACAAUGAUUUUGGCGAUGAUGUGUAUGUAAUUCCAAAAAUAGCAGUGCCAAUUCAAUUAGGCAGUCCAGAGUCCAGUUGUUCUAGUAGUAUAAUCAAGAAUUCAGUAGGAAACAUAUCGUAUAAUAACACAAGAUCAGCUGGCUCUAGUGUUGGACAAGGUAGAACGGAAUGGAAAAACCCACCACCAGGACCAGGGUAUGUGUGUCAUCGAUGCAAGGUGCCUGGCCAUUUCAUUCAGCAUUGCCCUACAAAUGGUGACCCCAAUUAUGACAUCAAGAAACUGCAGCCACCCAGUGCAAGUGUUGCUGUUUUGAGGCCUUAUGUGGCAGCUGAUACUAAGGUGGUUCAAGGAUCUUCUUCAAAGCAUUCCUAUACAGCUAUACCACCAGAGCUUCACUGCUCAUUGUGUAAAGGAUUAAUGAAAGAUGCAGUUAUAGCAAGUAAAUGUUGUUUUAGUAGUUUCUGCGACAAAUGCAUAAGGAAUUAUAUUAUGUCUAACUCUGUUUGUGUAUGUGGGGCUACAAAUAUACUUGUUGAUGCUCUCUUGCCUAAUUUGACUCUAAGAGCCACAGUAAACAGAUUCCUACAGUCUAAUAGCACUACUUCUUCAGAGUCUUGUAGGACGGUAGAAGAGUUUCCACGAGCUGUUGAAGAAGUAAACAUGAAGAAAAGGAAGAAUUCAAAUGAUGCUGCUAACAUGCAAUGGGGUGUUGAAACUAGAAAUUUAGGUUUUAAAAGGAAUAAGUGUGAGAUGAGCAGCGAGUUUUCAAGUGUAAUUACUUAUUGA